AACCAGCGCAUAACAAGUCCCAUUGAAACAGAUUAAAAUCAUUGGAAAACGAAAAGGCAAAUUGAGGAACGGAAAGUGACGCGCCGAGAGAGGUUCGGGAGCUGCUCCACUUACGCGAUUCGAGUCGAUUGGACAACAAAGUGUGCCAACAGCACACGCCCCCCGCCCCCGCGAAUCCAACACAACGGAAGUAGAAUACGCUCCAGUGGCUGCAGCAGGGCGCACCCAAGAGUAGAACAGUAUCGACCAUGCAUCUGAGUGCAGACAUUUCCAGCGCUUUGCAGCAAAUCGAGGCCGUCAAAAAGGGCAUCGACGAGAGCGAUGACCCCAAACUGCAAAUGCAGACGGCGGAGAGCCUGAACACCAUUCUGGGAAUCCUGCAAGACCCCGUCUUCCGCACUAUUGUCCAUGUGCAGGACUCUCUCUCCGAGCUGAAUGCCCAGCUGGGCCAGCAUCCGUCCAUGCUGCCCAAUGAUUUCGAUAUCGAUGUGGCUGGCAAUCUUGUCCUGAGCUUAAACGGCGGCGAGGUGAUGUACGACUUUGACGACCAACAGUCCAUAUCGGCAACAAGAUCCCCAACCUCCCACUCGGCGCCCGGAAGUCCGGACAAGUCCGCGGGCGAGGAGCAACGUCCCCAAAGCCAGAACUCCAAGACGGCGGCUGGAGCGGAUCUUUACGCCACGGACUAUGCACAGAUACAAGCCAUCGAGUUGGUUAACGAUGGCACGGGCCUGGGAUUCGGCAUUAUUGGAGCGAGGAGUUCGGGUGUGAUUGUCAAGACAAUACUGCCGGGCGGAGUGGCGGAUAGGGACGGGCGCCUUCGCUCUGGAGAUCAUAUCCUUCAAAUUGGAGACGUGAACCUGCAUGAGAUGGUCUCGGAGCAGGUGGCUGCCGUGCUGCGACAGUCGGGAACUCAUGUCCGUCUCGUUGUGGCCCGUCCCAUCGAGCAAAAUGUGCCAACACCUCAGUAUGCGUUGGAGCCGGGUUGUGCGGUCGUUCCGACGCGGGUUCUCGUCGAUCCUGCCGAGCUGGAGCGCUACCUUAUCUCCACCGGAUAUCCGGAGAUCUUUGGCGAGAGUUCCACAGCUUCCACGCCGCAGACUACGACUGAAGAUGAUCGCUUUGUCUACCGCGGCGAGACUUCAAUGCUCAUCGAUCCUACAAUCGAUCUGGAGGAGCUGUUGGCCCUGCCCGAAACGGAAAAGCUGCAGGUGGAACUGAAAAAGGACGCCAACGGCUUGGGCAUCACCAUUGCCGGCUACGUGUGCGAGAAGGAAGAACUGUCGGGCAUCUUUGUGAAGAGCGUCUCACCGGGAUCAGCGGCUGAUCUGAGUGGACGUAUUCGAGUCAACGAUCGCAUUAUCGAGGUGGACGGGCAGUCCCUGCAGGGCUACUCCAAUCACCAGGCGGUCGAAUUGCUCAAGAAAUCUGGCCAAGUGGUAAACCUCCGGCUGGAACGCUAUCUGCGUGGUCCCAAGUACGAGCAACUGCAACAGGCCAUCGCUGCCAACGAUAAACUGCCAUCCAGUGCCCCAGGCACACCCUCUCGGGCGCAACUGCCCACUCCCGUGGCAACCACAUCAUCGGCCACCACAACACCCUCCCGCAGCCUGACCAGAGAGCUGGAAGAUGAAGCUCUGCCAGCCCCGGAGGCUUUCAUGACCACUCCGCCCUCGAAUACCACUAUGACCACAACCACGCUGAGUACUUUCGGUGCGGGAAAGCAGUUAGUGGCUGUCAGGGAUUCUCUGGAUGGCUCAACGAAGAUUAUACCCACUGAUGUUGUGCCUUUGACCGAAAAAAUCGAGCAGGCACCGGUGCACGCCAAGAACGGUGCAGUCAUCACUCGUCACAAGUACUAUACGGAUCCGGAGCUCACCGACGAAGCGGAAACGGAAAUCAUUCGCAAAUGGCAAAAGAUUGUUGGCUCCGAUGUGGAGGUUAUUGUGGCACAAAUCAAAAAGUUUGCCGUCGGCGGUCUGGGAAUCUCGCUGGAGGGAACCGUAGAUGUGGAAGGUGGACGGGAAGUGCGACCCCACCAUUACAUACGUUCCAUUCUUCCAGAUGGCCCUGUGGGUGUUAAUGCUGUGCUCCGUUCCGGCGACGAGCUGCUGGAGGUCAAUGGCGAGCGUCUGCUUGGCAUGAAUCACUUGGAGGUGGUAGCCAUAUUGAAGGAGCUGCCGCUGGACGUGCGAAUGGUGUGCGGACGAAACAAGAACACGUCCCUGCUGCCCUUCUCUGACGACACUCUGAAGAAGCUGAGCAAUAACUUUGAGAAUCUUUUGCCUGCCACCGAUCGCUUGGUGAAGGCCAAAUCCGAUGGCAGCUUGGCCACCGCUGGGUCUGUGGCCGACGCCGAUUCGGUGGCCGCUGCUGCCAACUCGUUCACCAAGCUGAAAUCUCGAUCUCUGGAGCCACUGACUGGCCUGGCUAUGUGGUCAUCACAGCCGCAAAUCAUUGAACUUGUGAAGGGAGACCGCGGUCUGGGGUUCUCUAUACUGGACUACCAGGAUCCCCUGGACCCCAAUGAUACCCUGAUAGUCAUCCGUUCCCUGGUGCCGGGAGGCGUGGCUCAAUUGGAUGGACGUCUGAUUCCAGGCGACCGCUUGCUGUUUGUCAAUUCCAUUAACCUUGAGAACGCCUCACUGGACCAGGCCGUGCAGGCCCUGAAGGGAGCUUCCAAGGGCGUGGUGCGCAUCGGUGUGGCCAAACCGCUGCCCAUGACGGACAACUCGCUGAAGGCGUGCAGCACUGCGAGCACCACCAGCGAGGAGACACUGGAGGCACAGAUGUCGCCGCCACCGCCAGCCCUGCCCACAGUCGCACCGCCAGCGAUGCCAACGGCUGCCAAAGGUGUGGAGCCCGACCUAAUACCCGACUGGCGCAAUUAAAAACCCGACUGGUCCGCAGUGGGAUGUUGGUGGUAUGACUGCAAUCGAUCAAAGAAAGAAAAAAUCCCACAUUUGGGAGUUUUAACAAUCCAAAAAGAAGUCUUGCAGGUAUCCGAAUAUUGUUAUUACCGAAUCAAAAUGUUAUACAUAUUAUUAGCACCGAAUUGUGUUGACCAGAUGCGCCCCGCCCAGGAAAUGUGGGGCGCCAUCGUCCUCCCCUGCCACAAACAAGCAUUCCACCACUUGCAAUAUUUUCCCUCUAGUAUUAGCGAAUGAACUUUAACAAGGUAUUUCAAGUGUAUAUGUACUUAAUACUAAAAUUAAAUAAUGUACCUUCCCCA